UCCGCAAGCUUAACGCUGCUAGCUAAAACUUCAGAAUGGACCAGAGCGGAGGAAAAGCCGUUAGUUUGUAACGUCAGGGGAGAAAGUCCGACCGUCCAUGUCUUCAACACAAACAUCAACACGCUGACAAAAGUUAGUGGCAGCAAUGUCGAGAGAAAACACCACCAGGAGCCUGGACAGCAUAGACCUCGCCGCUUUACGAGAUCCAGCAGGCAUCUUUGAGCUGGUUGAAGUGGUUGGCAAUGGAACCUAUGGUCAGGUGUACAAGGGUCGUCAUGUCAAGACAGGUCAACUGGCAGCUAUUAAAGUCAUGGAGGUCACCGAGGAGGAAGAAGAGGAGAUAAAGCUCGAGAUCAACAUGUUGAAGAGUUAUUCUCACCACAGAAACAUCGCUACGUAUUAUGGUGCCUUUGUUAAGAAAGGCCCUGCUGGACAGGACCACCAACUCUGGUUAGUGAUGGAGUACUGUGGAGCUGGCUCUGUGACAGAUUUAGUGAAGAAGACCAAGGGAAACUGUUUGAAAGAAGACUGGAUUGCUUACAUCUGCCGAGAGGUGCUCAGGGGCCUUUCCCAUCUUCACUCCCAUCAUGUGAUUCACCGAGACAUAAAGGGCCAAAAUGUUUUGCUCACAGAGAAUGCUGAAGUCAAACUGGUUGACUUUGGCGUGUCGGCUCAGCUGGAUAAGACGAUCGGCAGAAGGAACACUUUCAUUGGUACUCCCUAUUGGAUGGCUCCAGAGGUCAUCGCAUGUGAUGAAAAUCCAGAAGCCACAUAUGACUACAGGAGCGACCUGUGGUCUUUAGGCAUCACUGCUUUAGAGAUGGCUGAAGGAGCUCCUCCGCUGUGUGACAUGCAUCCAAUGAGAGCGCUGUUUUUGAUUCCUCGAAACCCUCCACCUAAACUGAAAUCAAAGAAAUGGUCAAAGCGUUUCUUGUCAUUCGUUGAUAGCUGUCUGAUCAAGAACCAUCUGCAUCGACCCACCACUGACACCCUGCUGAGACACGCCUUCAUCAAAGACCUGGCUAAUGAGAGACAAGUUCGCAUCAUGCUCAAAGAUCACCUAGACAGAACCAGGAAGAAGCGAGAAAAAGAGGGUCCAGAGUAUGAGUACAGUGGCAGUGAGGGGGAGGAGGAUGAAGUCACAGAGGAAGAAGGAGAACCCAGCUCCAUAGUGAAUGUUCCCGGUGAAUGGACGUUACGACGGGAGUUUCUCCGUUUACAGACUGAAGAUCGUGAAGGAGGCAGAGAAGGAGGUCACGGAGGAGGUGGAGGUCAACAGAGACAACAAGCAUUACAGCAGCACAGGCAGCAGCUGGCGGAACAGGAACGAUUAAAGCAGCAGUUUCUGGCUGACAGACAGAAGAGGAUCCAGCAGCAACAAGAGCAGCGACAAAAGUUAGAAGAUCAGCAAAGGCAGCAUCUGACAGACUGUGCCUUUCAGUGGGCGGAGCUUCAGGAGAUCUUCCUCGGGGAGGAGUCUGAUCUCCAUGACAACAGAAUCUCACUGGAUGAGAGAAACAGGAGGACUGACAAGAGACAGGACCAGACAGGCAGACAGCGGAGUGCUGAUGUGUCGGUGAGGCCUCUGGACUCCACAACAGAGCAGAGAGCCGUGGCUCCAAAUCAGCUGCUUCAGCAUAAGGCCCAGCACUCCCAGCCUCCGCUACAGCCGCAAGCCAAGCCCCAGCUUCUGGCCCAGCAUCAGCAGCCCUCAGCGGGCAGGAGAUCCCACCGCACCCUGCCCAAGGACCAAACCCAGCUUCUGUCGCUGCAGCACGACCACAGACACAGGGACAGAGAGAGGCAGAGGCAGAGAGAGACGACUGUGGCAGCUGUCCAGAAGCUAACAGCUAAUAGUGGGAACCCUGCUGCUGCUGCUGCCGCUGCUGCCUCGCCCAGCCGCCCUGCAAACAGCCAGCGCUCAGCGAUGGACUUCCAGGAAUCAAACUUAGCCAGGUUGCUUUUGGCUGCCGGCCUGCCCAGCCAGAUGCACUCGAGGCUGGGCUCUGGAAGCAGCUCUAGUCCUUGUACCCCGGCCAUGCAGAGAGCUCACUUUAGCCAGAAUGCCAACCUUCGCUCCAGUCGAGAUGCCCAUCACAGCAGCUCUAUGUCAGACAUGGCCCUCUCGCCCUUGUCCCCAUGCCCCCUGUCCCCAACUGACAGUGUCUUCUGGGACUCUGUGGAGACUCCACCUAAAGUUCCAGAACGCACUACCUCAAAGUUUUACUGCAGAGAACUGGUGAUGGGACAGCGGGCCGCUUCAAGUGGCAGUCCAGUGUCCAUAACAGAAAAAAGUGGAAGAUCUCAUGGAAUCUCCUCACCGAGCAGCAACCACCCAGGCUACUUCAAGCUGGAGAGUCCUCUGCUUCAGCACCGUCUGCAACAGCACAGGAAGACAGAUAACAGUGGGCACACACAAGGACUAAAACCUGCUCUGGGUCGACUUAACAAGGCCACAGAAUACUCCUCCUCUAGUGACGAGGUUGGCAGCAGUGAUGACGAAGACAGAAACAGGUCUGGCCUGUCCAAUGGCAAAGGGAAAUACUUCAGAGGAAUACCUGAUGGCAUUGUCCUGCAGCCUCACCACAAUCUCAACCAGAUUUCUCGGUUGGGUUCAGAUGAUACCUACCUGCUCCCAGACCUGCUGCAGAAAACCUCUUCCUCCAGUCCUCUGCAUAACGCACUGGGAAAGCAGCAGCGAACUCAUGAACUCAGCUAUUCUCGAUCACCCUCAGCCCCCGGAUCCCCCACACACCAGGAACUACAUGCUAUCAGCAGUCCUACUGGUAAAGGCACACCUUCAUCUUCUUCUUCCUCCUUCAUGUCCUUCAUUGAUCCAAGAUUGAUCCCCAUGUCAACGCCACCACAGAGCCCCACGGGCAUCAAAGGUGAGCCAUUUAAGCGAGAGAACCACAGAAAGGGCUCUGUGGUGAACGUGAACCCAACCAACAUUCGACCACAGAGCGACACUCCAGAGAUCCGCAAGUACAAAAAGAAGUUCAACGCUGAGGUUCUCUGUGCUGGACUAUGGGGUGUGAAUCUGUUGGUGGGGACAGAAAAUGGGCUCUGGUUGCUGGAUCGGAGUGGUCAGGGGAAAGUCUACUCUCUCAUCAGCAGACGGAGGUUUCAGCAGAUGGACGUGCUGGAAGGACUCAACGUACUGAUUACUAUAUCAGGUAAAAAGAACAAGCUGCGUCUCUACUACCUAUCCUGGCUAAGGAAUAAAAUCCUCCAUAAUGACCCCGAGGUGGAGAAGAGACAGGGCUGGACAUCAGUAGGUGACCUUGAGGGCUGUGUCCACUACAAAGUGGUGCGUUAUGAGAAGAUAAAGUUCUUGGUGAUAGCACUAAAGAAUGCUGUGGAGGUGUAUGCCUGGGCCCCCAAACCAUACCACAAGUUCAUGGCCUUCAAGUCGUUCAGGUCUCUGCCUCAAAAACCCCUGUCUGUUGACCUGACGGUGGAGGAAGGUCAAAGGUUAAAGGUCAUCUACGGCUCUUUGUCUGGUUUUCACGCCAUUGAUGUAGACUCUGGAACACCAUACGACCUCUACUUGCCUACACACAUCCAGGGUUCUAUCCGUCCCCAUGCCAUCAUCAUUUUGCCAAACAAAGCUGGAACAGAGGUCCUGGUUUGCUAUGAAGACGAGGGCGUCUACAUCGACACCUACGGACGAAUCACCAAGGACACGGUGCUGCAGUGGGGGGAGAUGCCUGCAUCUGUCGCCUACCUUCAGUCUAACCAAGUGAUGGGCUGGGGAGAAAAGGCCAUUGAGCUGCGGUCAGCCAACACUGGGAACCUGGAAGGAGUUUUCAUGCACAAAAAGGCUCAGAAACUCAAGUUCCUGUGUGAAAGAAAUGACAAGGUGUUCUUUGCUUCAGUGCAGUCAGGAGGCAGCAGUCAGAUUUACUUCAUGACUCUCGGACAGAACUCGCUCUUCAACUGGUAACAACUGGAGCUGUUAACUCUGGCAUGGACUGGUGAGGUCUGCCAUCGUUAAUCUGCCUGGUGACGCCUUUCAGGAUUUCUUGCUGACUGAUGGUGAUCUUCAUGAGUAACGGGCACCAUACUAGGAUCUACUCCUCCAUCCACUCCUCAGUUUAAUCUAGUUUUCAUGUAAAUGUGUAGAUGUAUACAUGGUUGAGGAGAAAAGCUUGAAUCCGUCACUCCAUCCUUGACUACUGACACCUGAUCACGGCUCCUUCAGCUGCAGCAGCACGCACAUCUGGACCUAAUAUUCAGCGUAAAAGAGCUUCAGAUUGCUGCCACCUCAUCCGUCCACAGAGCAGUGCCAACGUCUGUAAUGUGAAAGGCUCACUGAGCAUUUUCACAAAUGAAACAACUGAGUGUUUCUCAUGGCUUCAGCACCAGUGUUUUCUGUGGCAUUAUAUCCAGAUCUACCUGAAGAAAAACUGGAUUUGGAUGACUGUGUUCCGUGUUCGACUCAUCCCUCCUGGAUCAGUUAACCGCUUUGGUUGUAUCAGUUAAGGCGUCCAUCAUGUCGUCAGUCACAUUUGCUUUAACAGUUCCCAGCUGUGAUGUUUACUGGAUCAUCUGCUUCCUUUUGAAGUCAUUCUACCUGGAUUUUAUUCUUCUGCACGGAUCAGAGGAGUCAUGUUGGUGUUUAAACGUCCUUCAUUCACUCUGUCAGCAUCAUGUGUCAAAGACUCCAAGUAGAACAGCUACUUCAUGUCAUUCCACAUUUUAUCCCAAUUUAUGUCCCUUUAAUCAGUUUCCGUAUCCGAGAACAGUCUGUGAUACCUCAGAACUGUUCAGUAUUCCUGAAAGCCUUUAGUUGAGUUUAGUUUUAGCAUUACUGCUAUAAUCAGGAGUUAAUAAACCAAACAAAUGAUAAUAUUACAGCUACGAAUUAUGUUGUUAAUUUCCAUGAAGUAAUACGUAAGAAGUAUUUCCUUUUUUUUUGCUGGUUAAAACUUCAAGUCAGUAUUAUAACUUAAAAAGAUCAGCACAAUUUUAGGCUUUAUUUGUAAUUGCAAGCAGUAAGUCAGUCUCUCUUAUUUGCUAAUUGUGAAAUUUUACACACACACAUAUAUAUGUGUGUGUGUGUGUGUAUACAGUUGCAAGAAAAAGUAAGUGAACCCUUUGGGGAGGAGGUCCUCAGCUUAAGUCGGAGUUCCGUUCCUACAGAUCGACUUAAGUCGAUUUUCGCCGUAAGUCGGAACUUCAGUGAAAAUGUAAACAAAGUCGUUACAUGCAUCACGUUAUGAUCAGUUCUUUGAAACAGUCAUGAACACUGAUGGCUUUCAUGCAUGUAUGAGUCAUUUUACAAGACGAUAACAGAACAUGUUCCAAUGUUUUUAAAACUUGAUCUAAUAAUGCUGAUGUUCAUCGGUGAUUCACCCUGUUCCAAAUGUUUCAUUUUGUCUAAUUUCACUUCCAUAGAGAUGGCUUCCUUUUCUUUGAAGCAUCAGAAGAGUCUGAUUUAGACUUGGGAGUCAUAAUGAAGGGCAAAAAGUUAACGAAUGUGGCACAAUCUGAGGUGGUGUACAACCAGAGAAUGUAAACAAAGCCGUCUUAUAGUGCUGAUAUAUAUAUAUAUAUAUAUAUAUAUAUAUAUAUAUAUAUAUAUAUAUUUCAGUGUAUGUGCUGCAUCACAUUUAGCAUUAAAAACAAGUUGGGUCCGUGUUUCCAUCACAACCCCCUACCAGUCCCAGUAUGAGUCGUCAUUCCACCACAUCUGGUCAUUUUACUCUUAUUUCUCUGUAAUAAAGGACCUUGACAGCCUUUUACUUUGCUGUAGAAGCCUCAGUUUUGAUGUACAGCAUAAACAGUGGACAGCAGAGAUAUGAAACAAGCACAGCUCCACAGUAACACGCUUUUCUCUAGUUUUCCGUCCGUUUUGUACAGCAGCUUAGGAUGUAAAUAAUCUUACAAGAUGCACUGUUUUCUAAAUAUUUUUCUUAAAUGAAAAGCCAUGUAUAUGUACAGAAUUCUAGGCUCAUGAAUGUGGAAUUCAAUCCCAAAACAGACUUCAUGCUUGUCAUUUCCAUAACCUCUGAGUGUUAGAAUAGGAGAAACUGACAGGGAAUAUGAAGGAUCAUGUUCCGGUUAAGAUCAAAUGUGAAUUCUGUUUUUUGGUUGAUUUUCAGAAGUCGGGUGUUUUGCACAGCGAUCAUCUUAUUCAUGUUUUCUGUUAAAUAUCCUACUUUGAAAUGACAGCUGGUUCAAAGAGGAGACAUUUGAAGCCAUUCUGUAGUCAGUCUGCUGUCUGUUUGUCAGUAUUUGUUACAUUACCCAAAUACAGGACGCACACCUGUACUGUAAAGAGUCGACUUGAUGGAUUCAUCUCCUUUGUUUUUGUUUUUGAGCCUGCCUCUGAGAGGAUGCAAUGAGCUGGGCUGGAAAAAGCAGAAAACGCCCUGUUGUAUAAUACCUUUUCUCUUUUUCAUGAUACAUUACUGUCAUUUCCACAGUGAGCUUCAAAGCAGGAAACCAAAGAUGAGAGCUUUGACGUGUUUGCUUCCAGUGUGAGAUAAUUCACGAAUCACAACUGACUGAAUUCAAACCUGUUAAAAUGACGAGAUCAUCCAGCAUGUCAGGACUGAUGCUGAGUUUUAUUAGAAGCAUGUUGCUCCAUGUAUGCUUUAGCUUGUGCUAGGUUUAAAGGUAAAACAGAAGAAAAGAAUUGGUUUUUACCUUCAAAUGUGAAUUUAUCCAUUCAUUAUAUUCAUUGUUUGUUUUCUAGCUGAAUCUUCUAACUCUGUUUUGUUCCACAUUAUCCUCUACUUUGCUUUUACUCUUCAAUUUUGCGCCAAAUGUUUUAUAUUCAGUGAUACUUUGAGUAUUUGUUAUAGACUUGAGAGAAAUAUUUACAGCUGGUUCUGUGAGAAUAUUUUAAACUGGAAAUUGAACUUUGUGACUGUCUUAUUGCUAAGUUUGUACCAAACGUCUCAUUUGUUUCAGUGGGAUCCCUGAUACAUCAGACCAGAUAGCUUAACGUGGCUGCAGCGCAUGAAUUUACGAGCUUAGGGAACUAAUUUUGACACCCUUUUCCACAUAGCAUUAAAACACGACGCAAGUUUACCUCAUGUACGCUGACAUAGAUUUUGGACAAGGUAAACGCUGACACAUAGCACCUUCAGUACAUUUUUUACACCAGUUUCAGUGUGAACUCAUUUUGAUGUUCUGUCUCGUAUGCGGAACUGGACGCUCUUAUUUAGCCAGUGUGUUAGUUUGUGGUCAGUUUUGGUCUGCUGAACGGUGAUCAGAAGGUUUGGUCGGGUUCCCAAACAAGAACCCGACCAUUCCAGAGUCCAGAUGGGACCAGACCAGAGCUGAUCCUGAACCAGCACAGUGGUUUAAGCUUCUGGUAUCAUGUACAGAGACAGCAUCCAGCAAUUAGCCUGUAUCUACUGCACUCAUUUAUCCAACACACUCUGUUGUUUAGUUAAAUUCCCAGUUGAAUUAGUUAAUUCCUUACCAAAUGAAACCGUUCAUUUAUCAGUUUCCUGCUUCGUAUUGCAGAUUUAUCCUAUUUAAAGCUGUGUUGUGUCUGUUUAAAUCCCACCAGUCCUUCUGUGCAGUUAGAUUACACUCAUGUGGCCUAUUUAAUGUCUGAUAGAAGCAUAUCCGGUUUAGAAACGCGUCCCUGCACCCUUCUACUAUCACGUUUCAGGAAAUCUGUUUAUUUUCUACAUUUAUUUUACUAUACUGAUGUAAAACUGCCAUCACAUUUGUCUUUGAUUCGGCAGCAGCUUUUUGUUUUUAUCUGCAUCGUCCUCCGUCCUGCUUCAUCAUGAAUCAGCUCCUGACCGGUGUCCCGCCUAAUGAUGUGUUCCAUAUCAAGGUUAAUCAGCGUUCCUGUGCUUCUUUAGAAACAGACUUUUGUCUCGGAGCGUUUGACUGUAUCAGCGAUGAGACGGAGAGACCGGUUGUCUUCCUCCUACACCUUCCACUGGUUAACAUCAUGAUAGAUUCUGUUUCAGGCCCGCUGUGACUCACAUCUCCAACUCUCCCGCAAACCCUUUCUCUCAGCACGGCUCCUCUUACAUUCAUUCCCUCUGCGUCUUUUGCUCGACUUCUCUGCAGCAUUUCUCACCUUUUUAUGCCUCUUUGUUCCCGUUAAUUUCCACUCUUUUAUUUCCGUUGGUCACUGAGUUGCUUGAGUGUUGUGAAGGAAAUUAUGUUAUUCGACUUAUUUGGCUCCACACCGGAGAACAUCGACUGAUUUCUGAUCCACUGUUUCUUCUACAAACAUAAAUGUGGCUGUUAAAAGUAACUUUAAAUGAACCCAACUCUGCUUUUUUUAUCUAUUUGCUGAAGCAGGAUGACGCACGAUGCAGAAAAACCUCAAAUAUUCAAUUAGAUGCAAACUUUUCGAUGGGAGGGUGUGAUGUAGAUUAAAAAUAGGUUUUUCAUUCAGCCAGAAUUCAGUCUGCGAGUGAAGGAAGGAUGGAGUAGAAGUAGGUAGCUGCUGGUUUGAGUCAAGUGUCAGUUAAUAGAAGGAAUAUGAAGGUUUUGUUUGGAUCUUUUAGACCAUAACUGAAGGCCUAAUUUAUUUAAGUAGUGUAGAAAUGAUGAUGAUGGUUGGGUUGGAGAGAAAGAGAACGAUGAUAUAAGUGAGAGUGAUUGUACUGAACAGCUUUUUUAUUAAGGUUAAAUAUUCACCUUUACACCAAAUAGUAUUAAAAAUAACCCUCCUGCUUGAAUAUAAAGGCUGAUAGUGAUUUAUAAUAAACUGCUAUCUUCUUUUGAAAUGUGAUCUUUUCCAAAAAACACUUGUAGUCGAACUUUAAACUUUAGUUACCCGCCUGUUAGCUGAAGGAUUGCUGUAGGUUUCUGGUGUUGUUUGACACAAAAGACAAGUUGUGUUCCUGUAUAAAUUCUGAAGAGAUUAUAUAAGACCAAAUAUUAUAUAGAUGUCUAUCUGAGAAUAUAUAUUUGCCCUCCUGUACCGUUUCUAAAGAUGGUUCUUUUUGUGUUAUUUUUGCACUGGACCUUUGUUUGAUGCAUCGUAUACUGUAGCCCUCCUGCUUUGAGACGAGCACACACUAACUUGUGUUUCCGUGUAAAGAGGAAAAAGACAGUGAGACAAUAAAUAAUGUUGAAUCGA